AUGAGUGAACUUUAAUUAAUUAGUCCACUCUAUCAACAGGGUUCGGUUAUGAAAGAGUUAACGAUUGCAUCUCUUCAAACUGCAAUGAGCUUUUUACUAGAAUAUAUACCGAAUACUAUUUCAAUUUAUUUGCUAGAAUUCAAAGAAGACUCUGUAUUGGUGGGAGCUUUGGGAUUAGGAAUUCUUACAACUCAAGCAUUUGGAAUGGGAAUUCUAAAUGGUUUAGCUACAGGGUUGGAAACCUUAGUAUCUUAAGCUUAUGGAGCAAAUCAUUAUGAAUUAUGUGCAAAGCUAUAUUAUAGAUCGUUGUUUUUGUGCACAUUGUUUAUGAUUCCUAUUUCACUAUUCUUGAUUUUUUCAACAUAAAUAAUAUCUUUUAUCAAUAAGUACAAGUGCAGGUUUACUUUAGCAAUACAGAAUUAGCAGAAGAAACAGGAAAAUUCAAUAGAUAUAUGA